AUAGAUGCUCUGCCUUUCGUAGUAUAGAGCUAAAGAAAGUAAGUAGAGGCGUUUCAGCUACUUUUGGUGUAUGUGUGUGUUUCACUUCAUUUGAAAUUGUUUUCAAACAUAAUCAAAGUAGACAUACACAAGUGCUAAUUUUUUUAGGGGGUUUUGGGAAGAUCCAAGUACACUUAAAUCUAGGCUACAAUUAUAUUUGUAGAAACAUUAGGUAUUCUCUGCACUUCAAUCAUUUUCUUUUAGUAUUUAACGUUCAGGAAUUUUUUGCAUUUCAUUACUAUAUUCAAUGCUUCAGACACACAGGCUGCUUUCUCUCCUUCGCCGAACGUUCGUGUGCAAAAUGAUUAGCGACGAGUACAUUCCUCGUGCGUUUCCUGUGAAGGUGACAACUGGGCUCUCAGGUAUUUCAGUGGAGCCGCUAUGGAAACCAAAACUGCUGGCAGCUGCCUCAGAGCUUCAUGCAUUUCUAAUUACAUCGGACAUACCUCCGGAGUCAACCUAUUACAACAUCACGCUGACCCUUAUCAAACGUAUUAACCACGGUAUCAAAGAGUGCCAGGACGAUUGGUGUACACUGGAGAAAAAGUACUUCUGGGCUUGGCCAGUAGAGUACAUUUUACAGGUAACUUGGCGUGAGCUGGAGACAGCCCAAAAGUGGAAUGAAUUGCGAUUAUGGGAGUUAGAUCCAGAACAAGUCAAAAAGGUAGCCCGUGAAGACCAAAAUAUUGGCAAAGAGGGUCUUGGGUGUAAUUCGCCAUGGGAACAGGUCGUUCGAGAAGAUUUCGACAAACGUAAGAAAGCAUUGACGCAGGAAGAGAUGGCAGAGCUGAAACGCAUGGAUACAGAGCGUAUGUCGCGUGAAACAGCUGCCUAUAAAGAACGGAAGGAACGCAUUAGGAGUGAUCUAGAACGCGCGCGUGGUGACAUGCUCAAAAAGUUCCUGAACAAGCGGUACGCUGUGGAUAAGGACCUUAUGCGCAUGCAGCCGGGUAAGAAGCAGAGUGAAAAGACUUCAGAUGAUCUCAUUCGCGAACUGCGUGCAUCUGUGCAGCAAAAUCCAGAGCUAAAUAAGGAUGGGGAAAAAAAUAGCUAA